UAUUCGGAUCAGAUCUGCAUUGUUUUCGUUAUUUAUAGGCAGUGGCGAGAGUGGGUGGAAGUUAUUCGUGGAAUCACGGGAGAACACUCGUUAUCUGGGGUCCGCCAAAGAAUCUACGGAAAAUACACAUAUACAGGAAAUGAUCUUUGACAGCUGUCAGUCCAAACAAGCAGUAAAGAAGUCCAUCCGUUUACACGAUCAUCAAUUCAGAGGGCUAUUCCUGGCCACUAUUUGUUGAAACGAUCGACCGUACAAUCAUUCUCUACAACAAAAUGUAAUUCAGAUAUACCACGGUAAACCUACUCGCCGAUGUUUUAACCAGUUUAAACCCCGAUAAAAUGCCUACCUCAAAUUGAGUACAGCCACAUUUCAAUGAAGCUCAUUGAUGAGCUACUACUCACUUCGUAGGAGGAACGGAGUAAAUAUAAAACAUAUGUCAUGUUGUACAUGAUGAUGAGAGUCAACUUGAAGACAUUGCUGCUUGUCCUCGUUGCCUCUGUUUGCAGUUCUUUAUUGACCUUGUGGUACUACUGCGGGUUAAAAAAUUCAGAUUGGAAAUCAACCCUGCAGUACAAACACAGUGUACUUGAUCGGGCUAGUAAUGAACUCCCAGGAAAUGAAGAAAUCGACUGUUAUAUCAACGGCGAAUAUUCUAUUGGGUGUCGAAAAGAAGGGGAUGAAGUUUACUUGCCAUUCUCAUUCAUCCAUAAGUACUUUGAGAUAUAUGGAAAGCUUGCAACAUAUGACGGUCUACAGAGAUUCGAGUGGUCUCACAGCUACUCUAAGCUAGUGAGUCCAAAGGGUAAAUACGACCCGCGAGGGGUGUUUAUGUACUUUGAGAAUUACAAUGUUGAGGUUCGAGAAAGAGUAAAGUGUGUGAGCGGAAGUGAUGGAGUGCCAAUUUCCACUCAAUGGGAAAGUCAGGGUUACUAUUAUCCAACACAGAUUGCCCAGUUCGGGCUUUCCCAUUACAGUAAGAACCUGACCGAGCCAGAACCACAUAAAAAAACAAUUGAGGAUUCCGAUAAGACUCAACAAACUUGGACGGUUCCUCAGGGGUCGGUGGUUUCGAGACAAUAUGAUAAACUGGUCAACAGUUAUGUUAUGAAAUAUGCCACUCCAGAAACUAGCAGCUCUGGUAUAUCACUGAAGUUUGAUCACGUGCUUGACCUGGUACUGAAAUUGGACUUGUGCACUAAGGACAAUGGCAGCGUCACCGUUGUACUUCAAUCUAGGGAAAAAAAGGAUGUGUAUUAUCUGCACUAUACAACAAGAAACUUAGUUAUGCACACUAGAGACAAUCAUAUUUAUUAUGGAAUUGGUUUGUCCAACAACCGUUGGAAGCAUCUCACUAGAGAUCUAGUAGUUGAUUUGCAGAAAGGGCUUAAUUUGAAUGACAAGACAAAGAAGAAAUUGUCACGGUCGAAGCUGAAGGCCAUCAAAAUAAUACUUUAUGGUUCUGGAAUGAUUGACAAUGUGACACUCUCGACCAGUGAACAUAUGGAACAAUUUUAUGACGCUGCUCGUUGGCUUGCUGCUAAUCAAAAUGUGACUUCAGGGGGUUGGCCCAAUCCCGUUAGACGAAAAGUUGCUACUGGAAUGGCGACCCUGGAACCUGGAUGGUACUCCAGCAUGGGUCAAGGGCACGCCAUCUCAGUAUUAUCCAGAGCUUAUUACCAUUCUGGCGAGAAAAGAUAUUUGCAGGCAGCUAUCAGAGGCCUACGACCUUUCAGAUUGUCUUCUGCGAAAGGCGGAGUGGCUGCUUCUUUUCUUGGUAAAUACAUUUGGUAUGAAGAGUAUCCCACGACACCUUCUUCUUUUGUACUUAACGGUUUCAUAUUCUCACUGCUUGGCUUAUACGAUUUGAAAACAAUAGCAUUAGGCAAAGAUGCCGACGAAGCAUCGGCACUUUUUGACCAAGGUAUGGCGUCGCUAAAAAGCAUGCUGACACUCUAUGAUAUGGGUUCAAGAACUACUUAUGAUUUACGUCACUUUACGCUCAGAACCGCGCCAAAUUUAGCCAGGUGGGAUUAUCAUGCAAUACACGUCAAUCAACUUCUAUUACUAAGCACGAUAGACAACGACCCAAUUUUUACCACGACUGCUGAACGUUGGAUAGGAUAUAUGAACGGAAAACGUGCCGCACAUAACUAGCUCAACCGAUAUAGUAUUAUAUCAUUUCAUUUUGCAGUAUUCAACAUUCUUUUUCCAUUAUUAUUGGCGUAUACGUUUUAUUGACUCUACUACGCAAUCACUCGCAGCUAAACACAAUAUCACUCAACAUGUUAGUUGAAUAUUACAAUUAAUUUAUAUAUAUUAUUUUAGUAAUUUUAUUUGGCAGAGUUGAAUGACCUCUGCAUACUACAUCAAAAACACCAUACCCAAUAAUGCAUUAAUGCUUCGUACCACCUAUGGACUACUUCAUUUCUUUUCUGCGUCUUUAACUUUCACAUCGCGACUGUUAUCGGCGCGUAUUAUUUUCAUUAUUUAUAUUAAAGAAUAUUUUUAGACGAAAUAGGUGCUUGUCUUUUGUGCUACAAAAGCGUUAGUUUCGUAUUUUGACCGUAUUAUAUUUCACCGCUCAUAAUCUGUGUAUCUGACCAAUCGUGCUACUCUCAAUAACAAUCCUUUCUUCAUUUUGUAAUCAAUCUACCAGUCUCAUCAACUAUGUGUGAACAAAGUUCCGACUAAAUGAUAGUACGUGACUUAAAUCAUAUGUUCACUUUUCUUAAGACUCUAUAAUACAUGGUAUUCAUUUCAAAUAUAAAUAUUAUCUUUUUACUGUCGAUCCACUGAGAUAGAAAAAAAUUCAAUCACUCAAAGAUGCUCCUUCCAAUGUCGAAGAGUGAACUCAAAUGACGAUUGAUCGUAGAUACAGGAUUUUUGUGAGUGAGAAAACCGAGGCUGUGACCUAUUACUUAUUAUUUUCAUUUUGUAUUAGUAUUCCAUAAUUUUAUGUACAAUUGACUGCUGAACUCUUUGAAUUGCAAAAAUAUGAUAGAAACAAUUGUAGAGUAAUGGAAUUCUGACGGUUUUUCGUUUUGCUGCCUAAAAAGAUAAUCAGUUAUCACUUUAAUAUUAUACUAUGUUUAUAUGAUUUCGGAAUGUGAAUUGUAUAGAUGUAGACCAUAAAAUUGUACAAAAUAUGCCACACAUAUGAGCUUUAUGAAUCCAACAUGUGGAUGUUAUAAUUUAUAUAUAUAUAUAUAUAUAUAUAUAUAUAUAUAUAUAUAUAUAUUUUAUUUAUUCAACGCAUAAACAUUGAGAUUGACGUUACUGAUUAAAAAAAUUUUGAAGAUUUCCAUGUAUUGCAUCUAUGGAACGCCUUAAAAAUUUUGGAUGUAAAUCUAUAAUUUAUUCCAAAUUACUAAACGGAACGAUUCAAAUCAAGUGUUUCAAACGAUUUUUAUUGCAUCUAAUUUUUUUCUCAGUUGUUACUGAAAAGUUACUCAAUACUCGAUUGAUAUUCAAAUUCUUUUAUAUACUCUCCGUUUAUCAAGAAUUAAUGCGUUCAAUCCAAUGUAUUAUACAUAUAAGUAGUUAAAUUUACUUGAGUGAAAAUGUGUUUGAGAAAGUAUAAAUACAUAAAAUUCAUGGUUAAAAUUUUACCAAAUUGUAAAUUUGAAAAUAACAUGGUAUAGAAUGCUUAAAUCCACUAUGCAUAAGUGGAGAAAUAUUAAUUCCUGAUUUAAGUAGAAACUUGUUACGAUAAAAAAAUUCAGUUGCAGUCAGGCACAUUGUAGUUCUUGUGAUGAAAUUUACAUCAAUAGAUGUAAACGUAAUUAAGUGCAAUGUAUAAUCAUAGAAGCAAGUCUACCUAUAUUUUAGCCGACUGUAGCAGUUUCUAGGUACAAAAUAGUGUGUGACAUUAUUUAAUUAAUAAGCGCAACUUUAGGAAAUGCUUGUUGCACAUAAUUCCAGCAGUGUUUGGAUCAAAUAUAAAUGAGACCGGAGUAUUUACAUGUACGAUAAGACCUUCGUCUCAUUUGUAUUUUAUUUGGCAUCCCCAGUUCGUUUUGCCCGGUAAACUUGUGUAGAUAUAGAAAGUAGAUAGACGCGAACGGGCAUAUUCUAUACUCGACGAAGGUAUAGAAAAUACUUUAGAUUUUUAAUGUAAAAGUAGUAACUUUCUACGAAAGUGUAAAACAAGGCUUAUUGUACUUUAUUCGUUACGUUAUGUAAUUAUUUUUCUAUUCACCGACUACUGUUAAAAAUGAAUCAAUAUCUUGUAAUACUAUUUAUAAUUAGAUAGAUUGAUAACCUAAUGAAACAGGGUAGAUUUUAGUGAUAAUGCGAUUACAUAGAUCUUGUAGGUAUUUUUUUUAGUAUGAACUCUAGAUAUUCAAAUAUGUUAUUGCAGAAUACUGAAAUUCUUCGCUCGUUUUAUUUAUAACUCUGUAACACUUUAUUGUGUCUUUAUUACACUUUGAGGAUAUUAUAGAUAUGGAAUUUUCAUUCAUUACUCUGCAAUAAUAUAGUAUACUUUUUCACUGAUUGCAAUACUUUUGUAACUUUUAUAUAAGAUUCAGUUUUACUUACCGGCAAUCAGUUGGUAGUUGAGAUGAGAAUAAAUAUGAAUAUAUAAAAAUUAUAACACACUAACACUAACACUAACACUGUCUACACUCUCUGGCAUAAAGACUUAUUUCUUAUGUAUCAACGAUGAUAUUAUGUUUGAUAAUUGUAAAUAUUGUAAGUUCAACAAUUAAAAAAUAAACUCAAACUGCAUUAAAAAUAUUUGACACACUUUAACGGGCUUUGUGAAAAAAUGUGAAACUUAUACCGAAAACAGAACUUUGAAUGAUAUUAGGUAAUAAAAUGGUUCUAUAACAGAAUUUCUCCAAGUACGAACUUAUUUGUACCAUUGGCUUUCAGUAAUUAAGAAAAUCUUUGCGUGAGGUAGCAGAUAUUUUUCACAUUCCAAACACACUUCUUUAGGUUUCUGUACAAUCAUAGUUUAACAAAUAGUUUAUAUAUAUUUAACUUUUGUCAAAUUUAUAAUCCGGUAACUAGCUGCCCGUAAGAGAUUAAAAAAUUUGAAUUCUAAUCAGACUUUGAGACCAAAUAUGUAAUUAGUAUCAGUUAGUCAAUAUGAUGUACAAAAAGAAAACACGAUUU